ACUGAAAGCGGCCCUUCAAAUAAUAUACAACACUAACAUGCAAUUUAAAGCCUACCUCAAUCAACCAUCUCAUAAAAACAUGCACUCUUGGAUCAAUUUAUUAUAAUUCUCUUAUGAAAUGGUAUUAAAGUAAUAAGCAAAGAGUUGCCAUCCAUCUUCUUCAUCUAAACUAAUUAAGCAGUUAACACACAAUCUUUUUCUCUCCCUCAGUUUCUCAUCCGUUACUUGCUUCACUUCACUCGCACAUGGUAGCUAAGCAACAUACAUAUACUUUUCCAUACCCUAUACUAGAAUGUAAUCGUGCUAAUACACAGGAUAAAAGAUGCUCAUAUUAUUUCUUUUAUUUUAAUUUUCGAUAAUAUGUAAACUUCAAAUUUUUUGAUUUUUUUUCCCUUGUGUACACUACCCUUGAUAUAAUAACCACCCACUAACUUUUUUUUUUUUUAAUUAUUUUUUUCGUUGUAUUUUAAAAAAAUAACCACCCAUUAAUAUAAUUAACCACUUUAAAUGCCCAACUUUUCACACCAUUUGCUACUCAUAACCAACUCAUUCUUCAUCAUGAAGAACUCAACUGCUUUUGCUAUGCUGCUUCUGCUGGUUAUGGUGUUGAGUGGAGAAGGGCAAAAUUGGAAUAUUACUAGUAGAAAGAAAGAGAUUAGUAAAAACUCUUGUGAUUUAUAUACAGGAAAAUGGGUUUAUGAUAGUUCAUAUCCUCUGUAUGAUGCAUCCAGUUGUCCCUUCUUUGAGAAACAAUUUGGUUGUGAAAAAAAUGGAAGACCUGACAAAAAUUAUCUCAAGUUUAGAUGGAAGCCUUCUCAUUGCUUCUUUCCAAGGUUUGAUGGUGCUGAUUUUUUAAGAAGAUUAAGAGGGAAGAAAAUACUAUUUGUGGGAGAUUCAAUAAGCCUAAAUCAAUGGCAAUCUCUUGCAUGCAUGCUCCACACCGCCGUGCCACAAUCUAAGUACACCUUAGCUAGGAGUGGAGGCCUCUCCGAGUUCACUUUCCCGGACUACAAUACAUCUUUGACGUUGUUAAGAGACGGUUUCCUUAUAAAGAUUGUGAAUAAGAAGGCUGGCAGAGUAUUAGUUCUGAAUUCAGUGAGCCAAGGUAAAUCGUGGAAGGGUUUCGACAUUUUGAUCUUCAAUACUUGGCAUUGGUGGCUUCAUACCGGAAGGAAACAACCAUGGGAUUUCAUUGAAGAUGGGAAUAAAUUGUACAAAGACAUGGACCGACUCGUUGCAUACGAAAAGGGAUUGAAGACAUGGACUAGAUGGGUAGACUUACAUUUGAGCUCUUCAGAUAUCAGGGUGUUUUUUCAAGGAGUCUCCCCUGAUCAUAUGAAUGCCCUUAACUGGACAGCUCCAAAUGCAAGAACAUGUAUAGGAGUAAAGCGACCGUUACUCGGAGCAACAAACAAUGGAGUAGUUGAAGAACACCCAGCAGAAAGGAUAGUAGAAAAGGUGAUUAAGAAAAUGGAAAAGCCAGUAGAAUUGUUAAGAGUAACACCACUUUCUCAAUUACGACGAGAUGGACAUCCUGGAGUUUACGGAAUUGGUAGACAUAGACUUCCUGAUUGUAGUCAUUGGUGUCUUCCUGGUGUGCCUGAUGCUUGGAAUCAUCUCCUUUAUGCCUCCCUUUAUUUUUCCGCUUCUUGAUUUACGUUGUUGCUGCCGGGAUCAAACCCGGCUUUAUUAUUCAUUGCAUUUCUUAAAUUAACAAAGUUUUUAUGAAUUAAAACUUAUGUUCAAUUGUUCAAGGAGUUAAUUAGAUUGUUUUUAUUAGUGGUUGCAAUUUCGCAUGUGGUUAUUUGUAAACUCAACAAUGACAUAGAUUAAAAAAAUAAUAACGCCGUUGCCGGGGAUCGAACCCGGGUCACCCGCGUGACAGGCGGGAAUACUUACCACUAUACUACAACGACUUUGUUGUUACGAAGCAGUAAGGUUUUGUUUAUGUAAACAAUAUAAAAUAAUUACAAUUAAAUUGGAGCCUUUUUGUAAUAAAUACAAUCUUCUGUUAAAAAAGUAAAAUAAUAAAUACUCUGUAAAAAAUAAAAAUAAAAAUAAAAUUAAUACAAUCUUAUAAAUGUGAUCACUGUACUUUUAAGUUGUUAACAUCCGGGUUUUUUUUUUUUCCUUUUUAAAAUGUGCAUUAUGUGCUUACUGUAAAUGAUAUUUGGUUUAACAGACUUGCUAAAGCCUAAGAACCAAGAUCCCACAUAUUUAUUCAAAAAAAAAAAAAAGAGCCCAUAUUAAUUAGAUUAUUAGUUCUCACA